AAUUUCACCGGCUCCAUGGAUAGCCACGGGACCUGCCAGUGCUCUGUUCUUGUGCCAGAUGCCACCUUUCCAGUGGAGAGAGUGGAGAAGUUGGAAUUCAUAGCUCACAUACUCUCUGAGAAGUUCCAGCAAGAGCUUUCUAAAGUAAGGGAAUAUAUCCUAAUGAUCAGUAUAUAUGAAAAGAGGCUCUUAAACCUAACUACCCGAGUAGAGAUUAUGGAAAAAGAUACAAUUUCCUACACUGAACUGGACUUUGAGCUGAUCAAGAUAGAAGUGAAGGAGAUGGAAAAACUCAUCAUCCAGCUGAAGAAGAGUUUUGUUGGCAGCUCAGAAAUUGUUAACCAACUGGAAGUGGAGAUAAGGAAUAUGACCCUCCUGGUGCAGAAGCUCGAGACACUAGACAAAAACAAUGUCCUUGCCAUUCGCCGAGAAAUCGUGGCACUGAAGAAAAGACUGAAGGAAUGUGAGGCCUCCAAAGUGGAAAACACUCCUGUUGUCCCUCCUCCCGCUCCAGGGACCUGUGGUCAUGGUGGUGUGGCAAACAUCAGCAAGCCAUCGGUGGUUCAGCUCAACUGGAGAGGGUUUUCCUAUAAGUACGGGGCUUGGGGUCGGGAUUACUCUCCUCACCAUCCAGAGAAAGGGCUGUAUUGGGUGGCACCUUUGAAUACUGAUGGGAGAUAUUUGGAAUAUUACAGUCUCUACAACACACUGGAUGAUUUGCUAUUGUACACAAAUGCCCAACAGAAUCGGAUUACUUAUGGCCAAGGCAGUGGUAUGGCAGUUUACAAUAACAACAUGUAUUUAAACUGGCAAAACAGCCGAGACAUUGUCAAACUUAACUUGACCACCAACACAAUCAGUGUGAGACAAACUCUCCCUAAUGCUGCCUUUAAUAACCGUUUUUCAUAUGCUAAUGUUGCAUGGCAAGAUAUUGACUUUGCUGUGGAUGAGAAUGGGUUGUGGGUGAUUUAUUCAACUGAAGCCAACACUGGUAACAUAGUGAUUAGUAAACUCAACGACACCACACUUGAGGUACUAAACACUUGGCAGACCAAGCAGUAUAAACCAUCUGUUUCUAACGCCUUCAUGGUAUGUGGGGUUCUGUAUGCCACUCGUACUCUGAACACCAGAGCAGAAGAGAUUUUUUACUACUAUGACACAAACACAGGGAAUGAGGGCCAACUAAGCAUUAAAAUGCGUAAGAUGCAGGAAAAUGUGCAGAGCAUUAACUAUCAUCCUUUUGACCAGAAACUUUUUGUCUAUAAUGAUGGUUACCUUCUGAAUUAUGAUGUUAUCUUCCAGCAGAAACCCCAGUAA